AUGUCUACCAUCCACGCCUAUCCUCUCACAGACCCCUCCACUGCCGCGCACGCGCAAGCUCUCUCCCUCCUCCGCCCUCAUCUCCCGACCUCGCUUCCCCUCUACAGGCGGAUCCAACAGGGCCGCUUCUUCGCCUCUACCGCGCUGCUCGCGAAUCUCGACUCCCUAGCGCGAGCAGAACCCAGUCCGGGCGAGCCAUGGCUUCUAGCCCUCGUAGACCGGGCUUCGAGACCGGAGACGGAAGUCUGGAUGUUUGGGAGUUGGGAAUCUUCGUCAUUAUCUUCUUGUCCUCCCUCAGCUGUUCAGGAUGAAGUACUCCGGAACCUGGUCUGGAAGAUCAGAAGCUUUCCCUUACCCGCUAGCAUCCAUCGUCAAGAACGUCUCGAGAAGCUGCAUAAGGAUUCCAGUUCCAACGAUACCGACCAUUCCGGAACCUCUCGCGCGGACUACGCUGCUCAUAGGUUCGACGCCAACAUCAUGCUCUUUGGCGCCGUUCAUGAAUCCACGGCAAAAUGUUUAGAAAGACUAGGAGUGGUGAAGCAUGUCUUUGAGAAUUCUGCGCAUUUCAUUCCGAAUCAUACGUACGUCUUCGAUCGGAAGGAUCUUCCUCCAUUACCCACUUCACUACCUUCUGGAUUUCGCUGGGGCGAACUAGAUCAGAGGCAUUUCCCUCUCGUGCGUUCGCGGACUAUGAUCCCGAGACAAGAUCGCACAUUGGCAGUCCUUCGCAGCCUGGCCAUCUUUCCGAAUGACUCAGAUCAACAACCGAUUGCAUGGGCAUUCAUCCAACUGGAUGGAAGCCUAUCUACAUUGCACGUGGAGCCGGAAUGGAGAGGGAGAGGCCUGGCGAAGAUGAUUUCGACCAAGCUAUUGGUAGAGAAGAUGCCGGCUCUGUGGGAGAAAGGAGUAACAGAGUGGGCGCACGCGUACGUGAUUGAGGGAAACAGGGCAAGUUGCAGGGUAUGCGAGGCUGUGGGUGGAAGGAGGGAGUGGGAUGCUUAUUGGGUCAGAGUCGACUUGGGUGCGACGUGA